AUGUUGAGGAUCAUCUGUCGAACUGCACUCUCUAAGUCCCAAAACUACGCCGUCUUAACAUCGUCUGUUAAUCCCCAUCACCAUAACAAUUUCACAUCAAAAUCAAAUAACAGCACUAACAAGAAAAAGCAGCCAGAAGACAACAAGAAAUCCAAGUCCAAACCCUCCGAUGCCUCCACCGCCGUCCAAUCGGAGUCUGCCACGUCAGUCGAAGAAAUGGAGUUGGCUAGGGCUCGCGCUCGCCGCUUAGCUGAAGACGAUCGAGAUACCUUCCUCGAUGUGGGCCCCAACAACCGCCCUCUCUUUACUAAAACUCCCUCUCUUUCUUUGCUCACUCGCAAAGACGCCUGCACUUACUUCAAAUUCAGUGAGGAAGAAUUGAAUGAGGUAUUGCCAGAAGGAUUGCCGACGGGAAUGUUGGAAGAAUUUAAAGAAUCAAUGAGGCAUGCAUUGCUUGUGAGACAAAGUUUUUUGGAUCUUCGCGAUAAUUUCAGGCGAAUAGUUGAUCCUCCAAUGCUGUCUUCUAAUGGUCCUAAAGUUAGAAAGCAAGUUGUCUUGGAUGGUCCUCGUAGCUGUGGGAAGAGCAUUAUGUUUGCAAUGCUUGUUCAUUGGGCUCGUGAUGAAGGUUGGCUAGUAUUUUAUGUUCCUAGAGGUCGGGAGUGGACUCAUGGCGGAUACUUUUAUAAAAACCCACAAACUGGUCUUUGGGACACUCCUCUUCAGGUUGAACAUGUUCUCAAGGCAAGAAUUCUUUCCUAUAUGGUUUGA